AUGACCCAACCGAGCUUGUCUCGCCGUAAGCCCACUCGCCCCAAAUACCCCACAUUCGACUCACUAUCACCAGAUACGAAUGAGGCAGUAUCGAUAAGACAGGAACAACCGCAGAAACAAGCACAGCUAGUUUCCUCCCCAACAAACGAACUAGAUGCAUAUUCUUACUCUACGCUACCAGAAACUGAGUAUACCCACUCCAUUCCAAUAACUUUCUCUCAGCACCCGACGUUCUCGUACUCUCCAAUAUCAAGACGAUAUACGCAGAUACCUCCAAUAACAAACACAAUUUAUUCUCCGUCCUCAAACUCAUCGUUACCACAUUUGACUCGAUCUAUCUCGACCUCGACUAUAGAAACAGCGUCGUGCUGUAGUACUCCCGGGACUAUAACGAAUAGUUAUGAAGAUGGAGACUGUAGGAUGAUUGCAAAUGCCGAAGACUGUGAAGGACAAAUACAGGAUAGUCGAUACGAAAAACAGAUUAAUACAAUAAUAAACAAUUCUAGUGUAGGCAGAAACAAUGACUAUAAUAGCAAUGACACUACCACGACCAACACCGGCAAUAACACCAACGACAAGACCAGCAACGGCUCUCAGAGAUACGGCUUGUCUUCGUACGUUUCCUUUCCGUCAUUAGAUUGCCUGGUAGAUGAUUGUUGGUUAGACGUAAAAGUAGAGAAAAAGAGAGAGAGCAUAAGUUUUGAUUUGGAAUUGGAGAAGUAUGAUGAAAUGAUUGUUGGAGGGGUCAGGUUUGAAUACUAA